AUUGAGAUGAACAUAUUCAUUCUUCAAAUUAAUAGAGGAAAUUGCCACUUUUAGAGUUUAGAUCUUCAAUUUUCCAAAAUAUAUUAUCAUAAGAUUGAUUAAAGAAAACAAAGUGCUUAAGCUAAGGAUUGACAACGCGAUAACUAUAAACUAAUCACAUAUCGUGAUGGGCAUAGAUAUGAUAUUGUUGAGAGUUAUCUAGUAUUGAAUAAUCCAUUUGUCAUCUUCCCAAAAGAGAAUUGACGGAACCAAGCGAGCUGAAGACAAAUUCCUUUCCCAAUAUAGCCUUUAGAAGUUAACGAAUUUUUAUUCAAGGAAAGGACAAACACAAAGGACAAAGGGCAAAGGGCAUAUCUGUCUAACAACAAAAUAAAAACUAUAAACCCAUAUGGUCUUUCCUUCAUGAACUCAAAAUCCUCAGCUUUUCUUCAUUAGCCUCAUCCCUACUCCUUUUCAUGCUCGUCUAGCUGCAAGCCUGAAACCAAAAGCACAUCAGCACGCGUGCUAAAGUUGUUGCUGAGCUUGAAGAAUAAGGAGAGCUAGCUAACCAUGGACUCGAGCCAAACGCCCCCUCAGGGCCUAACCAUAGAAGAAUACGCGCAGCUGAAACCUCUCAUUGACACAUACCAUAAAUUUGAGCCAACACCAAACACUUGCACAUCGCUAAUAACGCAGCGUAUCGACGCCCCAGUUCAAGUCGUGUGGCCUUUCGUUCGAAGCUUCGAGAGCCCCCAAAAUUACAAGCACUUCAUCAAGAGUUGCAACAUGAGCAGCGACGGCGGCGUUGGAAGCAUUAGAGAAGUCACUGUUGUUUCGGGUCUUCCAGCUUCGACAAGUACAGAAAGACUAGAGAUUUUGGAUGAUGAAAAGCAUAUAUUAAGCUUUAGGGUUGUUGGAGGUGAGCAUAGGCUGAGAAACUACAGGUCAGUCACUUCGGUGAAUGAGUUUCAUAAGGAAGGGAAAGUUUACACCAUUGUUUUAGAGUCUUAUAUAGUAGAUAUACCAGAAGGAAACACUAGGGAAGAUACAAAAAUGUUUGUGGACACAGUUGUGAAGUUGAAUCUGCAAAAGCUUGGGGUUGUGUCAAUGGGUUCUCUUCAUGUACAUGAUUGAGAAGAAGAUUGAAGUUGGUUGGAUGGGUAAGAUUCUCAUUGGAACUCUGGUUUUUGUUUUUUGUUUAUUUAUUAAUGGGGUUUGACAGUUUGGGGAUUGGUUUGUAUAUCAUACUUUUUGUCGGGUGAUGAAUUCAGUUAUAUUAUAUAUUAUGGGGUAUCAUUUUAAUCUCUCAUUAAAAAACCAUUCAUCUUCAUUUUAUUGAAGAUUGACCAAUGAAAUAAGAAAUAAUUCGGUUUGUUUUUGUUCUCAUGCCAGUUUUCUGUUUGCGUGUAAUUACAUUAAUCAAGAACCUUAGCUACCCAUAUAUAUAACUCUGAUGGUUUGAUAAUAGAAAGGGUUGAUCUUUGA